AUGCGUUUCUCACCCGCCACUUUGGCCGGGCUGUUGGCUAUCGCCGAUCACGCCUCGGCCGACGGCCUACACGAGCUCGCCGUGAAGGCGGGUAAGAAGUAUUUCGGUACCGCCACCGACAACCCGGAGCUCUCCGACUCGGCCUACACGGCCAUUACCAAGGAUUCGACCCUCUUUGGCCAGAUCACGCCCGGUAACGGACAGAAGUGGGACUACGUCGAGGCCAACCAGGGCGUCUUCACGUACGGCUAUGCCGAUGUCGUGCCCGACUUCGCCGAGAAGAACGGCCAGAUCCUGCGCUGCCACACGCUGCUCUACCGGGCCCAGACGCCUCAGUGGGUGACGAACACCAAGUGGACAAAGGCCCAGAUGACGGCCGUCAUCACGACGCACAUCAACAACGUCGUGGGUCACUACAAGGGCCAGUGCUACUCGUGGGACGUGGUCAACGAGGCCAUCGACGACUCGGGCAACUACCGCCAGGACACGGCCUUUUACAACGUCCUCGGCAUCGACUACAUCCCUCUGGCCUUCAACUUGACCCGCGCUGCCGACCCGGCCCCCAAGCUGUACUACAACGACUACAACAUCGAGAACGUCAACGCGAAGCAGCAGAAGACGGUGGAGCUUGUCAAGUACGUGCAGCAGGCCGGCGCGCCCAUUGACGGCGUCGGCAUGCAGGGCCACUUCAUCGUUGGCAGCAUGCCGAGCCAGGCCGACCUCGAGAACGCCGCCAACCAGUACACCGCCCUCGGCGUCGAGGUCGCCUACACCGAGUUCGACAUCAAGUUCACCAGCCUGCCGUACAACGCCGCCGGCCUCGAGUCCCAGGCCCAGUCCUACGUCAACGUCAUCAAGGCCUGCCUCAACGUCGAGGGCUGCGUCGGCUGGACCAUCUGGGACUGGACCGACAAGUACAGCUGGGUGCCCGGCACGUUCCCCGGCCAGGGCGGCGCUUGCCUCUGGGACGACAACUUCGAGCCCAAGCCCGCCUACUACUCUGUGUCCUCCGCCCUCGCCGCCGCCGCGACCGGUUCUCCCUCUUCUUCCUCCGCUGCCCUGCCGGCGACCACGUCUCCGGCUAGCAGCGCUGCCGUUUCUACUUCCGCCGCUGGCGCCGCCAACACCACCGCCCAGGCUGCCACCAGCGCAGCAUCCGCUUCCAGCACCAAUGCCGCGUCUGCUGUUCUCCCCUCCAGCCAGGCCUGGAACGGGACCGCUGUCAUCCCUACUGUUACCGUUGUGCCCUCCGGUGGCGUCAUCCCCACGCCUUUCCUCCCUCCCAACGCCACGGCUCUUUUCCCUAACAGCACCGUGACCUUCACCCGCCCUGCCCGUCCCGCCUCCAGCGUCGCUGGCGGUGCCUCCGCUGUCGUCCCCAGCGGCGCAGCUUCCAACGUCCCCGGUGGCGCCGCUUCUAGCGCUCCCGCCGGCGCCAUCGGCGGCUCUGCGGGCGUUGAGCCCACGCAACCUGCCGGCGCGAACCCCACUACUCCUGUGGCCAACGGUGGCGGAAACGCCGCGAGCCCUACCCCUUCGGCCGGAGGUGGCCCCGACGCCGCCGUCACUCCGGCUCCCAGCUACACCACCACAACCAUCUACGCGACCAGCAUCUACACCGUCACCUCGUGCGCCGCCGACGUGCCUGACUGCCCCGCCAGGAUCGGCAGCGUCACAACCGAGGUCGUCACCAUCACCACGACCGUCCCCUGCACGCCGACGGCGCCCGCUGCCGGCGCCGGCGGCUUCGUACCCGGACACCAUUUCGGCAACGGCACCAUCCCGUCCGUCGGGCCCAAGCCGAGCACGUUGACCUCCGUGAUGCUCGGCACGGCCGCGCAGCCCGCCGCGACGCCUUUGCGCGCGCCUUGCAAGCGCCGUCUUGCCAGGCGCCAUGCCCUCGUCGCCACUGACGAGGCUUAA